AUGGCUCACCCCGGAAUUCAGAUCUCCAAGAGGAGAAAGUUCGUCGCCGACGGUGUCUUUUACGCCGAGCUGAACGAGUUCUUCCAGCGUGAGCUCGCCGAGGAGGGCUACUCCGGUGUCGAGGUCCGCGUGACGCCGACGGUGACGGACAUCAUCGUUCGCGCCACGCACACGCAGGAGGUCCUCGGCGAGCAGGGUCGCCGCAUUCGCGAGCUGACCUCGCUGAUCCAGAAGCGCUUCAAGUUCCCCGAGAACUCGGUGUCGCUGUACGCCGCCAAAGUGCAGAACCGCGGCCUGUCGGCCGUGGCCCAGUGUGAGUCGCUCCGCUACAAGCUGCUCAACGGCCUGGCCGUCCGCCGUGCCUGCUACGGUGUCCUCCGCUUCAUCAUGGAGUCGGGCGCCAAGGGCUGCGAGGUCGUCGUCUCCGGAAAGCUCCGCGCCGCCCGCGCCAAGUCCAUGAAGUUCACCGACGGCUUCAUGAUCCACUCCGGCCAGCCCGCCAAGGACUUCAUCGACUCCGCCACCCGCCACGUUCUCCUCCGCCAGGGUGUCCUCGGCAUCAAGGUCAAGAUCAUGCGCGGCUCCGACCCCGAGGGCAAGGCCGGCCCCCAGAAGUCCCUCCCCGAUGCUGUCACCAUCAUCGAGCCCAAGGAUGAGCAGCCCGUCCUCCAGCCCGUGAGCCAGGACUACGGUGCCAAGGCCGCCCAGGCCGCCCAGGCCUCUCAGGACGUCCGUGCCACCGAGCAGCAGGAGGACGAGCAGGAGCCUGCUGAGCAAUAA